AUGCGCUAUAUCAUCGCCUUUCUAUCUCUUCUGACUCUGGUCAAUGGCCAGUUUGGUGGCUUUUUCGACCAGAUGUUCAAUCAGCAAGGCGGUCACGAGCGUCACCAAGCUCAAUCACAGAACAACCCUAGUGAUGCGAACCACUACAAGCAGAAUUACGAGAAUUCUGUUUGCGAUAAAUACCUCUGCCCUGACACCCUCGCUUGCGUUCACUUCCCUCACCACUGUCCCUGCGCCUGGGACGCCCAACAAGAAAAGGUCGAGCUUGCAGAAGGACAACGUAUCUGCGUAUCUCGUGGUGGAUUCCGUCCUGGUGAAACGGCGCGAAAGAUUGAACUGGCACGAAAAGGCCUACUGUGA